UACUCCGCCGUGUCGAAUCAGUUUGAACCCCCCGCCAAAGACUGCGGAGACGUCGGCUUGUUUGUCUUUGCCGUCUGGUGGGGUCGGCGUGGGAGGGGGCGGGGCACCGGCCCGGUGGGGAGUCUGUGGGGCCGUGGAAACAAUGCCGAAGAAGAAGAAGAAAAGUACAGAUGGGCCCGAUUCCCGGGCCAAAGAUCAGGGGGAAGAGGAGUCAAGGGGAGUGUUGAAUGCCAAUCUGAAGCGAAGCUUUGCGGAUGCAUUUAUUGUUAUAUCUGACAGUGAUGGAGAGCAAGAGUCGAAGGAGGAACACGAUUUGCAGAAGAAAAGAACGAAGCAGCAGCUGGAUAGAGCGAAGUUUGCAGAAAAGAGAAAAAUUGCACAGAUGACAGAAGAUGAACAAUUUGCCCUGGCUCUGAAAAUGAGUGAGCAAGAAGCCAGGCAGUUGAACUCACAGGAAGAGGAAGAGGAAGAGCUCCUGAGAAAGGCUAUUGCUGAGAGUCUCAGUAGCUGCCAGCCCUCUGAUGCUUCUGCUGUAGCUGCUGUGCCUCCUCUUCCCCAGGCACCUGAGUCUCCAAUGCAAAGCCACCCAGCUGGAUCAGAGGCUUCUGAGGUCCUUACAGCCCCUCUGCCUCGAUCUGAAUCUCCUUGCUCUGAUUGCAGCACCCUCUCACCCAGGCACAAAGCUGAUGAGAAUGGACAGACAGAUGUCCCCAAGAGGCCCCUUGUAGUCCUAACGAGGUUGAGCCAGGAGAUCGUUGAAAGCUCGCUGGCCUCUAGCAUAAUUGUGUCUCCAGGGAAGAGCCUGCCAUUCACAAGAUCAGAUGAAGGAUCUUCCUCAUCAGCAGGGAGUGAUUCCAGUGACACACCACCCAGUCUACAAGACCCAUUCACCUUAAGUCCCACCUUUCCCCAAAGACCUCUGAGUGCUUGGCCUCUGGCACCUCGGCGUCUCUUUGCUGGAAGGUACAGCCCUUCAGAACCUGCAGGCCAGGAAAUAGAAAAGCAAUCUCAGAAUUGUUCAGAGAGAACCCCCCUUGCUGGUUGCUCGGAAGCUCUAGUGAAUGUGCCUCAGAGGCAUGGUACCUUGGACCAGUACAGCAAUCCCGGUUCCGAGCCUGAAGAGCAGAUCCAGCACAAGAAGGCAGGACUUUCUACUGAACCCAUGAAAAGGACUGAAAUGCCAGAAAAUGCCGCACCACUUAGCACACUUCAAAUGGCAGGCAAUAAGGAGGGCAACCAAGGAGAGGAACGAGACACAGUACACUAUUACUGGGGCGUCCCAUUCUGCCCUAAAGGAGUUGAUCCCAAUGAAUACACCCAAGUCAUCUUGUGCCAGCUUGAAGUUUAUCAGAAAAGCCUGAAACAAGCUCAGAGGCAGCUACUGCAGAAGAAGAGGUUUGGGGACCCAGUUGUUCCGAAUUCACGUUCUUUGAGCCAAAGUGAACGUGGUACAGAGGAGGAGGAGGCGGCGUAUAGGGAGAGGAAUGGAGGUGUGGAUGAAGAGGAAAGAGACGAUAUGGAAGACAAAAAAGAACCUGAGACUGUAGCUUGGCUUCUUUCUCCAGCAAAUGGAGAGCUGGACAAAAAUUCAAACCAGAAUGUGGCCAAGGGAGAAAAUUCUGAGAGUAGAGAUGAGCCAGCUAGCAGUUCCUGUCAGGCCUCCCAAGUGCUGUUUGCUGAAGAUGUCCUUGAAGAAGGAGAGCCCAUGCAGAUUACACAGAGCAUUUCUGCCUUGACUCCUCUGGACAGUAGGAGAAGCCCAGACGUUGUCACUGAGAAUCGUGCUGAAGAGGAAAUCACUGUUUGUCCUGAGACCCAGCCGAGUCCAUCACAAGCUAUUGAGCCCGAGAGCAGAGAAAUCCAUUCAUCCAGCAAAAAUAUCUCUCUGCAGGCUGAUGAAGAUGUUGGGGAGAGUGUGACUGCACCAAGCCUUCCAGCUGAUGGUGCAAUCUCAUGUCCAUUGUGUGAUCGCAGAUUCCCUGUUUUGGAAAUUGAGCGACAUGCCAUGUAUUGUAAUGGCACAGGAGAAGACGCAGUGGAAGAUGGUCCAGUGAUGACCCGACGACAGAGGGAAGCCAAGAGCAAGGCUGCGUGGGGCAAAGAGACAUCACAUUCAGUAGACACUGGCAAGUAUGAGAAGUGUUACGUCUGCAAGUCUCUGGUGCCACUGAAGGAGUACCGGAGGCAUGUUGAUGGCUGCCUUCGACUCCAAAAGUGCUCCAGAGGUGCUAAUGGAACCCAGGGUGGCAGGAGACUGCGGCGUGUGAAGGAAGAGGGAAGAAGUGAAGGCCGACUCCUAAACAUGCUGGAGCAAUCAGAACACAAUGCUGCAGAUGCAGAGACGGGGGCUACGCCAUCUGGAGGAGACUCAAGGUGCAGCUCACCAGAGGUGGACAAAGAAGUUGAAUGUGGCAAGGAUGACUGGAGCCAUUUUCCCCAGGCCUCUUGCAGUGACUCACCCAUUAAAUCUUUCACCUCUAUUUCGGAAGCCAAAAUUUGCCUCGUAGACUUUAAAAACCAGUUGGCCGUGGGCUCGAGCAGCCAGCAACAAACCAAAGCCAGUUUCAGGAGAAGGAAGAAAUUCUGAGUCUUGCACAAUGAGAAAGGGAACCCAAAGUGGAACAGGAAACAAAGCUUUCUCUUUCUACUGACUUUGCUUGGCAGGAAGAACAUGGUCUCCCACACAGCUUCAAUGAUUCCUCUUCUGUUCAUUUUGUAUGAAUUGUACAAGCAUUCGUCAUGAAUUGAAUUGGUUGUGGACUUUAUAGGUGCCUAUUCAACCUUGUUUUUCAAUUACAAAAGAAAGAAAUAUAUUUAUUAUGUUUUUAUAA